AUGGCGCGGUGGUUGUCAUUCUUUGCAGAAUACAACUUUACGGUCGAGUACAAACCAGGACGACUUAAUGUCGUCUCUGAUGCACUCUCACGUCGUCCCGACUUUGAACCAGUCGUGAAACCCAACAGUGAGACAGUCACUGUUGCGGUUAUGACGUCCUCAGUCCCAUCUACAACGUUGUACGAUGAUGUGAGGCGGGCAUACGCCCAUGAUGCCGUUUCUGGUGACACACCACGUGUUGUCAUUCCAGAUGAUACUGAUCUGCGUUUGCGGAUCAUGUUCGAGUAUCACGAUGCUCCUAUUGGAGGACAUCGUGGCCGGGAGAAAACAUAUUUCACGGUGAGUCGAGACUUUUACUGGCCCCGCCAUUAUCAGUUUGUGCGAAACCUCUACCGGUUCCGGCUGAGUGCUGGGAAUCCAUCUCAAUGGAUUUUGUCUUCGGGUUACCCAAAGACGCACGCGGGAAUACGGGUAUUCUCGUAUUUGUUGACCGAUUCAGCAAAAUGGUACACCUUGUGGCUGUACCAGAGUCAAUCACGGCAAGUGGCUGUGCUUGUGUCUUUAUUGACACCAUCUUCCGACUUCAUGGGUUGCCCCGUGAACUCGAAGCAGACAGAGAUCCACGCUUCACCGCUGAUUUCUGGCAGUCCGUGUUCAAAUCACUCGGAACGCGCUUAA